AUCGAAUUAAUCCAUCCAUUCCAGGUCUCUCUCUCUCUCUCUCCGUCCAUCUCUUCUACACCGCCCUCAUCAGGAUUUUCCUUCCAUCUAUCUUGCGGUCUGCUUUCUUCCUUUCUUUCUUGUAAUUGAUUUCCUCAAUAUUUGGAUGGAAUCCGACUGGAAUUGCCUUCCUGUAUUGAAUUUCUCCUCGCACGUGGCCGAGGUUCCUAUCGUUUGUGCCUCCAGGGGUCCCGUGUGGCUCUCGCCCCAAUCGAACCGCGGGCCGCGUGUUGACAACUGCACCGCACGGUCUAUUGUCGACUUUGGCGCCGUAUAGCGCCCGAUCGAUUCUACAACUGCCAUAUAUACCUUCCACCCCCUUUCCUCCUAUCGUAUCUCGUUUCAAAUCAGCCGGUAAUUCGGGGGACAAAAGACAACAUCUCAUCCCCUGCGCCCUCCGGUCAACAUGGCGUCCCACGACUACUACAACACCGGGUACGGCAACAAUCCCCCGACUUACGAUCACACCGUCCCUCCGACUCAUACCUUCAACCGACCCUCACCUUCGCCAUCACCGGCUCCCUCUGCCGCCUACACGGGCUAUCCGGGUCCCGGCGGCCAUCUCUACUCGCCCACCACCGAUCACGAUCCCAAUCACCUCCGGUAUAGUCAGCAGUCCCUGGGCUCGGAAACAGGACAUGUCGUCGGAGGGAGACACAAUGAAGCGGACCAGUAUUCGGAGAACAUCCCCUUAAAAUCCCAGAACCAAUAUGCGAAUGACGGGUCGUCGCCGGAUUGGAUGAAACAACAGCCGACGCAGCGCCCGCCGGGGCCGGAGAUGGGGGAACCACCCGUCCGCGCGGGGCGGAAGCAGAAGAAAGGGUUCUUCAAGAAGAAGCUCCCCUGGGUCACGUAUACCUUGACCCUGAUUCAGAUUGUGGUGUUUAUCGUGGAGCUGGUGAAGUCAGCGCAACUAAGCGGAUCACCGAUCCAGACCAAGCCCCAGAUCAACCCCAUGAUCGGUCCAUCGUUAUGGCUCCAGGUCAACAUGGGCUCGCGCUUUACCCCCUGUAUGAAAAACGUCGACAAGCUACAAAACAGCCCCGAGGAGGUGCUCUUUCCCUGUCCGGGUGCUACCACGAACGAAUCCAAAUGCAAGCUGUCACAAGUGUGUGGCUUUAGUGGGGUCCCCAAUCCGGUGGGCAAUCAACCGCUGGACAGCCACCCCCAGCCCAAUCAGUGGUACCGGUUCAUCAUCCCCAUGUUUCUCCACAGCGGAUUUAUCCACAUCGGCUUCAACAUGGUGGUCCAGCUAACCAUGGGCGUCGACAUGGAGCGCAUGAUCGGAUGGUGGCGGUAUGGCCUCGUGUAUGUCGCCAGCGGCAUUUGGGGUUUCGUCCUGGGUGGGAACUAUGCGUCGCAGCUCGAAGCCUCCUGCGGAGCCUCGGGAGCCCUCUUCGGAAUCCUCGCGCUCUUCGUGUUGGAUCUUCUCUACUCGUGGAAUGAGCGGGUGUCACCUUGGGUUGAACUUAUCAUCAUGAUCCUAGGGAUUGCCGUCUCCUUCGUCCUAGGCCUGCUUCCUGGAUUGGACAACUUUUCCCAUAUUGGUGGCUUCAUCAUGGGUCUGGCCAUGGGCCUCUGUCUGAUGCGGUCGCCCAAUGCCCUUCGAGAACGCAUUGGUUUGGCGCGGAACCCCUACGUCGCGAUGAGCGGCGCGGCCGGGGCGGAGACCGAGGAGGACAAGGUCCAGCGUGGCCCCGGCUUCCUCGGCUUCCUCAAGGGUCGACAGGGGGCGAAUGCGUCCUCCGAGCCCUCGAAGGGUCCCUUGAACUUCUUUCGCGGCCGUAAGCCCUUCUGGUGGGCGUGGUGGCUGGUUCGCGCGGGUGCCUUGGUGGCGGUCAUCAUCGGCUUCAUCUACCUCAUCGUGAACUUUUACAAGUAUUACGAGACCACCUGCUCGUGGUGUUACCGACUGAGUUGUCUGCCGGUCAAUGGCUGGUGCAAGGAUCAACAGCGGGGAUUCGUCACGGAAAAGGAACCCAAAUAGGAUAGGACGGACUACCCAUGUUCUUAUAUUUCGCCCGCGCAUGCAGUCUGUGUCUCUUUGAUCAUUUCUUUUCUCUGCCCUUCUUUUCUGGGUUAUCUGUUUUUUUUCCCACCGAUGGGUCCUGGAAGGUUUCUAUUUAAGGGUGCCAUAUGCCCGGGGAUUGUUUGCCGGCGUUUUGGGAAGGAAGCGACUCCAACGGCUAAAUUUUUGCGGAGAUUUUCAUGUGCAUCAUAACAAGAUUCCGG